GCCAAGCAGCUUUAAGAUCUCUUCACUCUAGUUUGCAAACUGCCUGCUGCUUGCAGGUCAUUCCAAAAAAAAUCCCAGCAAACCCCAUGGCCUUCCAGCACAAUAUUUGAUCAGAAGUCUGGGCGGGCACCAAUUUUGGCAAAUUGAAACUUCCACACACAUGCUCUUUAGUACCUAGGAAGAUCACACAGGCAAAUCCUGAAGCUCUGGAAAAAGGUGUCUCUUCUCAGUCUAGGCUGCCGUGAAGUUUGUGGCAUAAUGCACUGGGUUUCUGUUCUUAUUAUCGCUGGUCUCUGCAGGGUGGGCUUGAGCCAGUAUGAUGAUCAGUAUGACGACAUCUUCUGGUUGCAACAAUAUUUACGUAGCCAGUCUUCAUCCUACAGCUACUCACCGUAUUAUGAAGAUGAGAUUCCCCCCUACUCUUCCUACUCCUAUGCACCAGCUGAGUCCUCUGUCGGUGAGCUUGUCCCUGAACCACCUGUAUCCAGAGAAUGCCCCCAGGAAUGUGAAUGCCCUCCCAACUUCUCUUCUGCCUUGUACUGUGAUGCUCGCAAUCUCAGGUAUCUACCUUUCGUGCCUUCCAGGAUGAAAUACGCUUACUUCCAGAACAACCAAAUUACAGCUAUCCAAGAGGGAGCUUUUGAUAAUGCUACCAACCUGGAGUGGCUUGCAUUACAUAACAACCAAAUCACCAGCGAAAAGAUGGGCAAAAGGGUCUUUGCUAAACUCAAGAAUCUAGAAAGAUUGUACCUUGACCAUAACAAUCUGACCAAAGUGCCUACUCCACUCCCGCGGUCACUUCGAGAACUUCACCUGGCUUAUAAUCAGAUUUCCAAGGUUCCAGCCAAUGCUCUUGAAGGCUUGGAGAACCUCACUGCCCUCUAUCUCAGCCACAAUCAGAUCCAUGAAAUUGGAGCGAAUCUCAAGGGGUUAAAGUCUCUGAUUCUUGCAGACCUAAGCUAUAACCAACUUAGGAGAGUCCCUGAUGGCCUUCCCAGUUCCCUGGAGCAACUCUAUUUAGAGCAUAACCACAUACACACCAUUCCUGAUGAUUACUUCAAGAUCUCUCCUAAAUUGCUCUAUGUACGGAUGUCUCAUAAUAGCCUGACAAGUGAAGGACUUUCCCCAAAUGCUUUCAAUGCCAGCAGCCUCCUGGAAUUGGAUCUCUCUUACAACAGGCUUCAGAAGAUACCACGAGUCAGUACUAGUCUGGAGAAUCUCUACCUCCAAGGGAACAGAAUAAAUGAAUUCACCAUCAACAGUUUCUGCACCAUCGUAGACAUCAUGAACUUUUCCAAACUCCAAGUCUUGAGGCUGGAUGGGAAUGACAUCCAUCGGAAUAACGUGCCCUCGGAUGCCCCGCUCUGCUUGCGAUGGGCCAGCGUCAUAGAAAUUUAGCAAUUUCUCUUCUUUGUUUUCUUAAACACUCAAAAGAAGGCCAAAUCCUUCCUGCGAUCACACAGGGGCAGAGGCCUACAUUCUUUAGUUAAUGCUGCUUCAUUUGACUUGGCUUCUGCAAUUGUAUAAUAUAGGAAAGACUGAUAACUUGAUACAACAGAUGCUGCCCAUAUUAGCUAGUCUGGUGAUGACACAUAUAUGCAACCAAAAUUUUUGACCACCUUUAUUUCAUCUUCUCUGUUCCUUCUCUUUAAACAGCCCAAUCACAACUUGCACUAAGAUACUGUUAGGCAAUAUUUGUCUCUUCUUCUGGGUGGGUGGUGUAGAGCAUUUUUGUUCCUGUUGUUGUUUUUUCAUUCCACAUGGAUAGUUGUAGACGUUUGGUGCCUUUGGGCUUUGUUUUUCCAUGUAGGAGGGUUGCAAGGGAAAAGGAGCCUGUGGGGAGGGGGACAGAGAAGACUAAACAGAUUAAACAUUUGGCCACACAGUAUGGAGCAAUUAAAAAGGGUUUGGAAAAGCAAUGGCUAGAGAAUGUAUUACUGACAGGGUAAGAGCCAGCUCUUCAGAUGGUUUUCAAACCUGAAUAUGGCUCCGCUGGUGCCAUAUUCGGAUUCAAUUGUACCUUCCUACCAGGCAUGUAGCCGAAAUUCUCAUGGUGGUCUGCGAAAAGGCCUUACUGGUACAUUAUUUAGACUGUUAUGUUUAUUCAUAUCAUGAUCUGAUUACCAUGCUCAAUAUAUCUUAUAUGCAUGGGAGUAUUGGGGUAACGAUACAAAAGGUUUGCUAAGGUAGACCCUCUUUCACUCAGACUCAGCCCCCCCCCC